UGCCCGCUGGUCGUGAAUGCGAUGCCCUAUUCUGUAUUAAAGCGAUCGAGUGACGCGCCUACGAAACACGAAACUUUGAUUUCCAGCUCACCAAUGGCCCGUGCGUUGAAGUAUUUAAUGUGAAUUAUGAGUUUGAAAAGAAAAUUUGUGAGAAUGUGGACAUUCUGGCUGUUCUUUUUUGGAGUUUCAGUGUUGUUUCGUUUCACGGAUUCCGUCGAUCUUCCGAAAUUUGUGGGUGCUGGCUCAAAUGUUACUGUUGCAGUGGGCAGAGAUGCAUCAUUGACAUGUCAAGUCGAUAACCUACAAUCCUUCAAGGUCGCAUGGCUUCGCGUUGACACGCAAACUAUACUUACAAUAGCCGGACACGUGAUCACCAAGAACCACAGGAUCAGCGUCAGCCAUGGCGACGGCGCCUGGACAUUGGGCCUGAAAGAAAUCGGCCCAGCUGACGGCGGACGAUACAUGUGUCAGGUCAACACCGAACCAAUGAUGAGUCAGACUCACUUCCUACAAGUUGUCGUUCCACCAGAUAUUGACGAUGACGCAAGCAGUGGUGAGGUACUUGUAAAAGAAGGAGAAAAUGCGGCGUUACGCUGUAUCGCCACCGGGACCCCACUUCCCAGCAUAACAUGGAGAAGGGAAGACUCUAGACACUUCAAAAUAGAUAAUCAAACAUUAGUCUCCAAAUGGAACAGUCCGUGGUUGAAUCUAACCGGAGUCGAGAGAGCAUCGUCUGGCGCAUAUCUGUGCAUCGCCACAAAUGGCGUCCCUCCUUCAGUAAGCAAGAGGAUUCUAAUCAACGUUAUGUUCGGGCCAUCAGUAUGGGCUGGUCGUGUAGCUGUAAGAGCACCAGCUGGAGGUGCUGUAACCCUUCAGUGUACAGCUGAAGCAUUUCCGCAUCCAGGUGUAUAUUGGACACUCAAUGGGGAACAACGACUUGUAAACGGUACAAAACAUAGAUUGAGUAUUAGUUCAAGAGGAUAUCGACAUACGGUGAAUUUAGUUGUGACUGACAUGUCUAUAGAAGAUGCUGGAGCUUACAGAUGUCACGUCGAGAACACGCUUGGGAAAGCCCAGGCGGAAUUGUUUUUACAUCUUCUAACAACAACAACCACGACAACCACUUCUACUACUACUACUACAACUACAACUACAACCACAACAUCAACUACGAGUCAACCGCCUACAACUACGCCGGUCACAUAUGAUACAGAAAGGCAUUUAGAACAACUUCACCGCGGAGUCUUAGAAGAUCCGGCUCUUAACAAUCCAUACGUUGUUCUCAGCCAGCACCAAAUGCAGAAUCUCGAAAUGAUGACGACAAUGUGACCAGAGGCCGGGGUUCGUGGACCCUGGAGCGACGGUUGGCCUCCAAUGGAAGCUGCAGCACCGAGAAAUUUUCAUGUCAGCAUUGGACUAUACGUAAUGUUCGUGAUAAUAGCGUGACGUUUAGAACUGUGAGAAUUGUAUGCUAUGAUGACAAUUGAACUUUGUAACUAAGAUUGUUGAAGCGGCUUCAGAAAUGGUACGUUUAAGGCUUCGUCAAACAGAACGCGUACUUAGCGCGCGUCAGAACGCUAAACUGACGGCGAGAUGUGCUGUACUACUAUGGUAACAUACUGCCAAACAGAGCCCCAGCGCUAUAAGUACGCAACGCUCUGUCGCGGUGUUAGGACUCUUUGACGUCAGGCGUUGUAUUUUUUUACAAAUUUCAUUAAUUUAGCGUCCGAGUGAAUGUGUAUUAAAAUACAAAAUUUUAUAGAAUUUGUUAGAAAAUAGUCGUGCUUAUACAAUGCCACAUCUGAAUCACUCGACAUCUUAAUACUUUUAAAUUUUCACACUGCUAUCGAAAGGCACUAUGAUUUGGCGAAUGCGUUUCGUCAAGGAGCGUUGGACUCAUCUAGUCAAUUUGUGUGACAUGAAAAGAGCGCGACGUUAAAACGCUGCGCUAAGUACGCGUUCUGUUUGACGAAGCCUUUAUAAACUAUGAUUCCAUCUGAAAAUAAGACAUUCCGUUUUGUACCUAUUUUGUCCACGCGUAGGAAGAGACUGUUUAAUGUUACGAUGUAAGUGAUCGAUGUGAAUCUAACUAUAGAUAAAGUAUUCAGCUGAAGACAGUGAUGACUUUCCUGAAACUCUAUACCCACGAAUUAGAGUAAAGUAAUUAAGUUUCCAUUGCUAAUUUUGAAUCACUUUAUUUCCAAGAAGCAUAUUAUCUCCAAUUAAUACUGUUUAAUUAACAUAAUUUGAGAAAGUAAAUUUUAAUACAGUAGUCGCAUUGCAAUUUUCAUCUUCAUUGCAUACUCAGUCUUCGACAGAGAUAAAAAAAGUUUUAAGGAUAAGUAGCAAACGAAUUUUAGUUACAAGAAUUAAAUUGAACUUUGCGAAGUUAUAAACAGAUUUGUAAGCUUCUCGGAAAUUAAGUGUUUCGUUGGAAGCAUUAAGCUUGGAAACAACGCAACGAUUGCGGAAAAUUGAGUUUAUCGAUAAAUGUAAAUAAUUAAUGUUGAUUUGUACGAGAUUGUUCCCUUUGAGAGAAUAAACAAUUUUUUUUGCUAUCUCCGCUGUGAAUAGAUAAGCAGAUUAUAAGCGACACAUUGUUAACAAAAAAAAUCGGUUGUCUGUAAAGUCGGUUUACUGAUGAUAGUUGAACGUGACAACGUCAUAAGAAAAUACUGAUGGUAUGGUUUCAUUUUUCAAAAGAAAAUUUUAAUUUUAUUUGUUUGAUAGAUAUUUUGUAUGGACAAUUGACACCACUCACCACAUUUACUUUUCACUGAACUUCAUACUUGACGAAAACAUGUAAAUGUAUUAUUGUAUAGCAGCUGUCCACGCGGAUGCAUCGCUCACUCAAGUAGGAGAGAGACAUGUCGAACGCUGCCGAACGUGGAGGCCGAUUGUGCCUCUUUGUCGCUCGUUGCGCGUCCUCGCUUGCACUUCAAGCCUUAAAUGGAACGCCUCAUGAGUCAUGUUUUUUCGUGCGUGCAGCCGGCUCCAUCGAAUUAUAAGACGUUGUCAUGUCGAAAAAUCAAUCGCUGUAUAUAAUUCCUCGAGAAGCUAGCCAUAUCAUAUUUCUAAAAUACUCUAUUAUGUUAAAACCUUUGGCAUCCACUCCGAUUAUAUAGGCGAGUUUUUCAUUCUGUUCAUCCAAUUUGAAUGGUUUUAGUUGAUUGAUCCACGUAGUCUCUGUCAGCAUUAUAAGCUUUUCCUUGUCUCUUAACCCGAAAUUAAUUCAAAUAUACGAAUCGCGUUGUGCUAUAUUAUCUUAAUCCUUUUUACUUGAUGUUCAAGAGGGUUCUUUGUAAUUGGUGAAAACUUCACUUUGAACAGUUACUGACCGUUACUUAGUUUUUCAGUUUUCACCAGACGUAACCGUCAUUAAAAUUACCUUUACAUACAUAAUCAACUUCUUUUUUUAUUGCCCUUGUAGGCUGACGAACAUACGGCCCGACUGGUGGUGAGUGGUUACCGUCGCCCAUGGACUUCAGCAAUGCCAGUGGCAGAGCCAAGCCGCUGCCUACCGCAGACUAUCUCAACUUCAACUAUCUAAAACUACCUUUAAAGCUGUAAAGUAUUUGAAACGUCGGAAAUAAUAAAACGAAAAUAAUAAAUAUGAGAUUAAACUGUAAAAGCAGUUUUAAUUAUGACCGCUAUCUUUUAGGUGCUUUGGAGAUCAUUUUCUGGAAAUAAAUCUAAAAGUGAAAGGCCAUUUGGCCUAAGCGAAAUUUCUUAUCCGUUUCAUUAGCAUUAACAGUUCGAUGUUUUAAUUGAACUUCAAUUAAGUUUACUCCAAUCAUAUGGCCGAAGAAGUCUUUUAGUUACGAUAUUCUUUCCAAAUUUUAAACUUUAAAUGGAUCUCUGGUAAAGUUGCAAAAAUGUUACUUAAACCAAAGCCUUUCAGUCCUCGAUGUAAUUUAUACCUUAAACGCUAAUGGUAAAACUAUUUAAUUGUUUCUUCUAUCCGUUUCAUAAUUUUUUGAAUUAUAUAGGUAUGUUCAUUAUAUUUCAAAAUUUGUGUUUUCGCCUCAACAAAAUCCAAGCUUAAGCCACAUCCGAAUCGAUUAUUUGGCUAUUUUUGGAUCUAUUAUUUGGAUAUAUAUUAUGGAAAAUUUGUCAAGGCUAUGAUUCAAUUAUGAAAUGAUUGAUUCAUGUCUAAAGCUUUUGAUUUCGUUUAAGUAUUUUAAAGCUUUUCUGUGUGUACUUAUCCAAUUUGUUUUCGUAUACCGUGUUAUUUAUAAUUAAAUUAUCUAUGGCUAAUUACUAAUAUGUAUAAAGCGAUCCUUAAAAUUGUAAUUAUUGUUCCGUUGUAUAAAUAAAUUGUAAAUUUUU